CUUAAAUGCGCAGUUAAAUCCCUUAAUUUGCUAUUGACACUUUUGAAGCUAUCGUACCGAUUAUGAGUAUGAUCGUGGAAGAUUGGAUAAGGGCGCACGAGAACGCGCAAGAGAGACGGAUAAUGAUCAGAAGGGCGCAAACCGCCCGCAUAAUUGUCACUUGCGCGUAUUCUCUAAUGGGAAUUGCGUACGCUUUCGUUAUCAUUCUGCCGGGUUUCGGGCUGUCAACGAGACUGACACCGAACAUCACCGACCCGGGCAUCAGACCAUUGCCGUUGCAAACUCAUUACGUCUACGACAUCACGAAAAGACCGUACUAUCAACUGACAUUUGUCAGCCAGGCCGUCUAUAUCAGUCUCGCCAUGAUGUCCUACACCGGCAUUGACAAUUUUCUCGGUCUGCUGAUUUUUCAUAUAUGCAGCCAACUGGACAUUCUCAAGAAUCGUUUGACGCAUUUGCACAAAUAUGUCAAUUCGCGGGACAUGAUGAAAAGCUGCGUGAUGAAACACAUUCGUUUGCUCAGAGCGAUUGACAUUAUCGAAGAUACAUACAAUAUAACGCUUCUCGCGUUAUUCGCGUACUUUGCGAUCCUCUUUGCUUUCUACGGUUUCCGAUUAAUUAGCCUAUUCGACGAAGGAAAUGAUCUAUCGCUCUUUCAUUUGGUGUAUUUAAUAUCAACCAUUUUAACUUUAUUUGUGCAUAUGUGCCUAUAUUGUGCUCUCGGCGAGAUUUUAAUGGCCCAGUGCAAUGAUAUAUAUUAUGCGGCAUACGACAAUGAAUGGUACUUGGCGGAUCCGAAAGAUGCGAGGAAUUUAUUGCCAUUAUUAAUCAGAGGCGCUAAACCGGUCUAUCUCACCGCUGGAAAAGUAUUUCCCAUGACAAUGGCUACAUUCUGUAGUCUGAUAAAAACAUCAGCCGGUUAUAUAUCUGUUUUGCAUACGACGAGAAGUUAA